UGAGAGCCACCUUGUGUUUUCUGUCACGGCUGGGUGAGAUUGUGCAAAUGUGAGGACCAAGAAGCCAACACAACGCACAAAAAGGGAGGGCGGUGGGAAGGCAUUGAGGACAGAGAAUCCACCUCAUCUCCUCUGAACACAGGGCCACUAGGUUUGGGUCUUCUUCCCAACAACGCUAGGGAUGUGCAGUAUGUGCAGCCUCAGCCACUGCCUGCUCAACAGUUCAGCUUCUCUCCUCUCCACAGCCUAGGAGCUGGGUUUGUUGGUUCCCUGCACUCCACAGGCAGGCCAGCUUAGGGGAGUGCAGACUGGUUGUCAAGACAAAGAGUGUAUUUAACAGCAAGCAUGAGCUCCAGUGACCAAAGUCACAGGCACCCAGAAAAAGGAAGUGCCAGACCAUAGAGUUAUAGGCGCUCUCAGAGACACUAUCCUCUUGAAAAUCUUGUCCAGCUGAGCAGUGACCUCUGUGGUGUCUUGAAAGCGGGGACAGCUUACCAAGCUAAAAAUGAUUUACAGGAUUCAACCAGCAGUGGCAUGGAGGGAGGGGGAAAUGGGAGGAAGAGAGGAAGUAAGGGUAGGGUGGAAGGGGGAUUGCAUAUCCACCACCAGGUGAUUCUACUGGCAGAGCUGAGCAGGUCACAGCCAGUGUGGCCUUUGCAUCCUGGGUUGGUGACAGAUCACAACAGUUGUCUUGGGAGAACAGGCUCGGACGGGAGAGAGACUGCCCAGGAUGUCCAGCUGCCUGCCAAAACUGACCACGGUGCUGCUGAGCCACAGGCUUGGGGCUCUGUUUAUCCUCACAAUUUCAUUUGUGUUCUUUGCCUCUGUCAUGUUCUACUGGAGAACUGGGGAGGAUGCUGAGGGCCAGCUCUACAGCUCGCCUGCUGAAAUCCGCUGUGCUCACUCUGUGCCUUCUCCUCCCCAUCCCACUGCCGGUGGGCCCCCUCCUUCCCCAGGGGAUGUGUUUUUUGUGGAGACCUCGGAGCGAACUAACCCAAGUUACCUGUUCAUGUGCUCCGUGGAGUCAGCGGCCCGGACGCACCCUGAGACAAGGGUCGUGGUGCUCAUGAAAGGUUUGGCAAGUGGUAACGCCUCGUUACCCAACAACUGGGCAUUCUCAUUGCUGAGCUGCUUCCCCAACGUGGAAGUCCGGCCCCUGGACUUGACAGAGCUGUUCUCUGGCACACCUCUGGCAAAGUGGUACUUGCAGGCUCAGCAGCGCUGGGAGCCUUAUUUCUUACCUGUCCUGUCUGAUGCCUGCAGAAUUACUAUCAUGUGGAAAUUUGGUGGCGUCUACCUGGAUACAGACUUCAUUGUGCUUAAGAACUUAAAGAACCUCACCAAUGCCCUUGGUAUGCAGUCUCAGGAUGUACUGAACGGAGCUUUUCUGUCCUUUGAACCCAAACACGAGUUCAUGGAGCUUUGCAUGCAGGACUUUGUGGAUAACUACAAUGGCUGGAUCUGGGCGCACCAGGGCCCAGAGCUCCUAACACGUGUCUUCAAGAGGUGGUGCUCCACCAGUAAAAUCCAGAAUCCUAUGAGCUGCAAAGGCAUGAAUGUUCUUUCCACAGAAGCCUUUUAUCCUAUUCGCUGGGAGGACUGGAAGAAGUUAUUUGAAGCAAUCAGCUCCUCAGAGCUUCACAGGCUCCUUAAGAACACCUACGCGGUGCACGUAUGGAACAAACUGAGCCAUGGGACAAAGCUAGAUAUAACGUCCCAGGCUUUUCUGGCUCAGCUGUAUUCUCAGUUCUGCCCUGCCACAUAUACGAAGAUGAAGAAGGACUCUGAAGAGCAGUCAAGGCCUGCAAUGUGACCUGUGGGCCCUUGGCUGCAGGGAAGUUCCACACCCUGAAGGAAACUGAGUGCCUUUCACCUUCCCCAGAGUUGGUUUCUAGCCCAUGAAGCAGGUAUUCUGUGUGACAGCUCAGUGAUUUUGUACCAUUUCCGAUAUCUGCCUCAGAUCCUACAUGCUUCAAAUAUACACCAGAACCUGAGUUCAGACUCUCUUGUUGUUCUUCAGUAGCCCUUGAUGCUGCAGGGAAGGGUGAACUUGUUCAUCGCUACCUAUCAGUUGCUCCCCUGUUGCUGUUCUCAAUUGCUUCACCUGUGUAUCAGGCCUGAAAAGCCUCUCGUGUAGUUUCAACAGCUGUAGUAACCCUUGGCUUGCUCUCUGUAAUGUUUCUAAGUAUGUAAAUAAAUGCCAGCCGGUGCUAUAGUACACGGCUUACUGGA